UCUAUUAUGUAACAACGCAGCGAGUGUUCGAUAAAUAAAGCUGUUGUGAUAAGCCCUUGUUGUUAGGUGAAAGUUCGAGCGGCGGCGAGGUUAGCGAUCGAAGGCUCAUGAGGAACGUCUGUUGCAAGUUGCAUCAUUGAGAUAGGCACAGACGGGACAAAGUUUCAUUAUCCACAACCAGAACCGUUUUGCAAAGGAUGUCCUUCCAAAUUUCUUCAAGCACAACAAUAUGGCAUCGUUUAUUCGGCAGUUAAAUAUGUAUGGAUUUCGGAAAAUGGUAAAUAUCGACAGUGGCGGUUUAAAGGGCACCAAAGACGAUAUUGAGUUCUAUCACAACUUCUUCGUACGCGACCAAGAAUCCAUGUUGGAGUUUAUUAAAAGGAAGGCAACCUCACAUACGAGGACUGGCCCAGGGAACGGAAACACUGCAGGAACUAAUGCUUCCGGCGGGGGGGAUGAGCUUCGAAACGAGCUGGUUCGCGAGUUGCUUACGGACGUCAACCAAAUUCAAGGAAAACAAGAACAGUUGGAUUCACAGCUCAUUAUGAUGAAACGUGAAAAUGAGGCUUUAUGGCGGGAAGUCGCUUUUCUUCGGCGGAAGCAUCGGGAGCAGCAGCAGAUUGUUGAAAAACUCAUUCGUUUCCUCGUAACGCUGGUCCAUCAGGCCCGAGGAGGACCGAAGGACAAUAACAUUUCAAUGAAACGAAAGCAUACGUUGAUGAUUGACGAAGGUGGCAAAGUUCGCAAAACAUUUCAAGGGCCAGUUCGAUCCAAGGCAAUGCCAACGGACUCUGGUAUAACUGAGAUCGACUGCGAGGAUGAACCGAUCGUCAAAGACGUCACAAAUGAUCACAACUCUCCAGUAGCCGUGCGUACCGGUAAUGGCCUUGGUAUUAUUUCCACUCAAGCCAUGGAAUCCAGUAAAGACAGCAAGCAGCUCCGAGUAUCCCAAGGCAAAGUAAUGCCCUCUACGCAAAUGGAGAUGCUGAUAACGUCUCCAGCAUCGAUCGACACUGCCCUCUGCGAUGCGGCCGACGAAGUGCAGUUGUGUGAUAAUCUAUUCGACAGCGACAUUGUUCUAUCACCUUCCUUGGCUGAUGCGCAGCUCCCAGCUGACACAGACUCGACUGCUCCUUCAACCGCACUAGUUCUGAAUGAGCCUUCGUCAACUGCAGUUGCGACUGCAAGAACAGCUAAUGCUGCGGUAAAAUCAACGGCCUCGACAGCUUCCGGUGACACGGCUGGCAGGACCAUAGACGCCAACCUUGAGGAUGUCCUUAAUGUUCCUUUCGAAGAGGAAGAAGUUAUAUCCUCAUCACCGCCACCUUCGCUUUCAGUGUUGAAUACGCCAGUAGUGGAAUGGUCUGAUUCUGAGCCAGGCCCGAGCAGAACGUCGGUCAACGCUAGCGGCAAUAACGGCAAAGGCAUGGAGGUGGCAAUCCAGAAUCCUCUAAAAGUAUCGAACGCGGCCGAUGUAGAUGGAAAACUCACAGCUGUUAGUCAAAACGGAGGCUUGCCGAAAGCGGCCGUCCUGCUACCCCCAGCUGUUGGUCGCGGAAAUGGUACGGGCGUUCUAGGAGGCCUGGCCGGCCACCUUAAAAGCGCCGCAGGUUCCACAAGCGAAACUACCGAUCAACAUUUCGCAGGACCUCCGACCGGAAAACCUCACGUUGUCAACGAAAAAUACACGGAAAGUCUAAGUGAGCAUUGUGACGGUGUGGAAACUGAAUUAGACUGGUUGCAAGACCAAAUCGUCGCAGGAGGACUUAAUAUAGAUUCCAGCACGCUGUUGGGUCUGUUUAGUACCGAUGAUAUGUUGCCCAAUCUCACGUCGGAUGUAACCAAUGUCGGAGGAUCUAGCGGGGGUAACAAUUCACAGGUUGUCACUUAUCAGACGCCCUCAUUUCUUGACCUCAUUUCGCCAGACGAGCCUGUCGACGAGAGUGAGGUGAAGCUUAAGUAAAUGUAUUAAAUUCUGCUUGGCCGCUCGUUCGCCUGCAGCCAGAAAGAUAUCAUCGGUGGUCUCGGUUUGCAAGGGCUUAUCGCCUUCAUCAUCGACAAUCUUCAACUGUACCGAUGAUGCCGACACUGAACUGUAUAUUCGUGGUCUACUGCUACUUCCACAACCUCAUCUCUAUGAGUCUUCAGAUUGCAACUGAUGACACCUAAAUAUAAAUAGUAGCUUUUUUUUGGUCUACAGCUUUUGGCUGUUUUUUGGCGACACUUAGUUAUUGCCAUGACGCUUCCAUGAGUUGUGCUUAAACAAAGAUGAAAAUGCUAUACAACAAAACCCAAUUAAAGACUGAAGCUUGACACUGAAGGGAGCAAAAAAUAGGGAUUAAGUAUGACAAGUAUAUUGUUCAAAACCCUGAAUCCAGUUGCAGCUUGUUGAGGUAAUUUUGGGGAUAACAAAAGAAGUCAAUUGUUGUUAUUAUCCGUGGUCCUAUUAAUAGAUUACAUAAAUUAAAAUUAUUUGAGUUCACUUGACAUCAGCGAAGUGAUAAGCGAAGCGUAAAUGAUAAGCAUUUGUCCCGUGGCGCGCAAGUUUCGUUUCGAUACAGGUGUACUUUGAUUCGCAAAAAUUAUGAAGAAAGCCGAUUGCUAACAUAUUCGAAUAUUCAGAUGCACUUAUAUAGGAACUCUCAUUUUCACAAAAAUAUCAAGUUUGCAAGAAUGCAUUCACCUGGCGUUAGGUACAUGUUGUGAGCUGAACGAUUUUGCUGGGCAGCACAGGGAUUAUUUCAGUGCUGGCGAUUUUGAUCUAACGCUAUCAGGUCAGAAAGAAAAUUUAGUGGCUAGAUAAAUGUGCUUUCUGCGGCCGUCAAAAUACGCGCCAAAUAAUUUGUAUUUUGUUGUCUGCUAGCGACUGGUUUGUUUUCUUUGUCAGACGAGCCGGUUCCCUUUCGUGCAGGCUGUUUAUGUUGCGAACUGAACGGUUCACGAAACUCAUCGAAAAAGAAGGCGGAAGUUGAUUGGAUACAGUAUCAAUGAUGUUGUAGAAUUACAAGUACGAACACAGAGAAAGAUCGUCUAAUUUAGAAAAAGAAAAACUGGUAAUUAAUGCUACCACGUACCAUCACGUAGGACGUUUACGCUUCCUUUGUCAAUCUUGAAGGUGCCUAAUUAUUAUUAUACCUUUACGUUUAAGACUAACCAAAUAGAUGUUAACUACUGCUAUGGAAUAUCGUUAUUGUUACUAUUACUAUUAGAUACCAUACUGCUUAUUAUUGUCAUCUCAUUUAAGGAAUUAUUGUUCGAUGAAAAGAAGCGAUGAGCUAACGCUGACAGUCUUGUGCAAAUCCUAGCGGAAUCCUAUAUUUAUCUUUUCCGCGACUGAUCAUCAUGCUCCGAAGUAGCGGUCAGAUCGAUCUGGAUUGUUUAGCUAGGCAUAGAACACCCACCACCUGUAUGGAACAGGAAAGUGUCAUUGCAAUAAAAUGAACUAACUAUACCUUCUUAGCGCGCUGAUGAGAUCUAUCAGAUAUCAGCGCAAUGAUACUCAAACCAUGUUCUCUUAUAUAUGGAAAAAUUCAGUAUAUGGAAAAACUGUUGGUGAAUCCGCCUUUAAGAUGGAAAAUUGGCCAUUUAAGUAACAAACACGUUUGGGCUUUAUUUCGUUUAAGUCGCUAAUUUGCUAAUAGCUCUGCUAUUAGCCACGCCAAGCUGAGCACUGUGUUGUACUACUUUGUAAAACAAGCAAUACGAACCGAUUAUAGGCGAAACGAACAAUGAACUGCUUAAAAGCGGUAACUUAAACCGGGCAUUAAUUACACUGUUUAUUAGCAUUCGCCAAGCUUCUUAUUGAUGGUAUGGUGACAUAUCAGGCCAUGAUUAUAGGGUGGCAACUCAUUUAUACUGAUUUGCUACUAUCGGUCAAUCGAGAGUAUUGGAAACCGUCGUCUCAAAAAAACACGGUCAGUUUUUGUCCAUUUUCAGCAAUGGCGGGGGAUGCUCAUGCCGUACAUUAUGCUUUCUCAACAGUUCGAUUAAGUUGCGUUGCCUUUAAUUGAGCUCGAUUUAGCUGUUAAACAUAAAAACAUUUAGUAGUAUUAUUAUUUUUAUCAAUUUUAUUAUCGCAAUAAUAUAUUAUCAGCGUUUCGAGAAUUGAAUCAAUAAAGCGAACCAACCAUUCAUGUGCGUGGCGUAGUCUCUUUGCGAUUUGCAGCGGCUCCGUAUAACGGUUAGACUGUGCGUUGAGUGGUUAUAACAACGACACAUUUACUAUGAGGUACCCAAGCCAGCUUAGACUAAAUGACCUCAUAGAAAUCUGUUGGUCGAGCAUCUGAAGCUUUAGUUGUAUAUGGAUGUGGGUGCGUGCGUGGGUGUGUAUCCGUGUGUGUGUAUGUCUGGGCUUGGGCGUAUGUGUGUGUGACAAUGGGACAUUCUAAAAUUUAUUUUUUUUGUGUUUUUUUAUGCAACAUCUCUGUCAUCAUACGAUCCUUUGCUUCGUGUCUCGUCAUUUGUAAGAAUGUGUAAACUUCAAUCUUCAAUAUUGUGAUUCCAAAAAUGCUGCGCUUACAUAGCUUAUUGUUCUACUAUGUGAGAUCAAUAUACAGCAUCUGAUAUUGCGCACGUCAGGCUUUGGGGGCGGAAGAGGCGACGAGGCCGAAGUCAUCUGUCAAUCAGUAUGGUAUCGUAGACCUAUAUCGUAAUGUGAAGUGUUCUUUUGAUAAUGAUAGCUGUUAUUAUUUAUCAAUGUGGAUUGUUGUUUGAACUAACGGUGUAGCGAUCUUUACUUAUACACUCUGUCGCCAAAUUAGGCGUCAACCAUUGUGAAUGGAAGUGCUCAAUGGUUAACUUGUGGAUAAAGUCAUUACAAGGUGAGUUUCAUUAAUUGAAUCGUGAUGGCAGUUAUCGCGUUUUGUUUUGCAAAACAGAAUUCGAUACGUUUCUUUCUAAUUAUCUGAGACAGCUCCUUGUUUCCUUGUUAAUUUAUCCUCAGUUUUAGUUUGUACUAAAUCUCAUGCUUUAUGUGAUUUAUCAAGAUAGAACUUAAGCGAUCGAGAGUAAGCACAAUGAAUAUUGGCAUGUGAGCGUCGGCCUUUUACAGAACUAAAAAAAUUGGAAAGCUAUUUGUCGACGAAGAAGCAAUUACAAGCGUCGCAAACAUGCGAACUCCUUGAAAGGUACCAAUUGUGGUGCACCGAUAGAAGUAUAAAACAGAAUGUGAUUAUUGGCGGACGUCUGUCGAGUCGACAAAACGGGCGUCGCUUGCGAAUACCAUCUUGGGCAGAUUUUACAAUUUGUUCUACGAAGAGAUAAUACGCGGAGGAAAAAAGAACACAGUUAGAUAUACUGAAGAGCUAAAAGUCAAAUUUAUAUACUGAUCCGUCGUUAGAGUCUAUGGACGCUAACAGACGGCGUGCACUCCAAGAGUGCUAAUGAUAUUACUUUGCCAUCGAGAAAGUGUUCAGCUAGUAGGAACGGAGAGUUUAUUGAAUGGACGUAAACUUAAAGAAAAAAUAGCUAAAUACGGAGCAAAAUAUAAUGUUAAAUAGCACUAAAACACAUAGAUAUAAAAACACCUAAACACAUAGAUAUAAAAACAGACAGAACAUUCGAACAAACGACACAAGCACCCAUUAGACACACUAGUAUAUGGUCGCAUUUUAUGCAUUAAUGCAUCAUCCGUCAUUCGAGAUUUCCGCAUUCUACUAUACACACUCUAUGCGUAUGUAGCACUGUAUUGCUAAUAUCCGCAGCGCUUAGAUUAUAAUACUAUUGUAGAUAAAAAGAUGAGCUUUCGUUUGAGGACAAAUUAUAGCGCUUAUCUAAAUGUACAAAGGAAACAGUUGUAUAUUGUUGAGAUUGUUGAGAGUUGAAUAAAAGCUCGAAAAACU